AAUGGUCCUUGGGUGGUUUUGUUUUGAUGUGGUCGAGGAGAGGCGGAGUGCUUGUGUGAGUGUGAGUGCUGGCUGGAGUGCCUCGAGCCCCCUCACUGUACAACUGGCAGACUUACCCAGGAGGAUCUUCACACAUGGUGCCGGGAUUUCAAUGCCCUACCGAUGUCCAGAUAAGCAACAUGGCUCAGGCACAAAUACAGCAGCAUCAACAGCAGCAGCAGCAUCAACAACAGCAGCAGCAGCAUCAACAGCAGCAACAGCAGCACCAACAGCAACAACAACUUCAACAACAGCAACAACUUCAGCAGCAACUUCAACAACAGCAACAACUUCAACAACAACUUCAGCAGCAGCAACAGCAGCAGCAGCAACAACAGCAGCAACAGCAACAUCAACAGCAGCAGCAGCAGCAGCAAAAAGGAAACCCACCUGCAGAUUUUGGGCCAGACAGUGGUGGGAGAAUAAAGGGUUUAACAAUUGUGAAACCUUUGGUGUAUGGCAAUGUAGCACGUUACUUCGGUAAAAAAAGGGAGGAAGACGGACACACUCAUGAAUGGACGGUGUAUGUCAAACCAUACAGCAAUGAAGACAUGUCUACUUAUGUUAAAAAGAUUCAUUUCAAGUUACAUGAGAGUUACGCUAACCAGAAUAGAGUUCUGACAAAGCCACCUUAUGAAGUUACAGAAACAGGUUGGGGAGAAUUUGAGAUUGUCAUCAAGAUAUUUUUCCAUGAUCCAAAUGAAAGACCGGUUACCAUCUACCACAUCUUAAAGCUGUUUCAGUCUCCACCUGGCACCACACCACCAGCAGUGCCAAAUGAUUUUAAAAAACCUCUGGUGUCAGAGUUUUAUGAGGAACUCAUAUUUCAAGAUCCUUCAGCAAUGAUGCGGCAGUUGCUCACCAACACAAGACAACUCACACUUGGCGAGUACAAACAUGAUACUGAUUUUGAAGAAAAGAAAGAAAAUACACUGAAAAAUUUGUUAAUUGCCAAGGAUAAAAUAGCAAAUGAAAUAGUGGACUUGAGAGACAAGAUAAAGCUUGCAAAAGACACAAUAACUAAGUUCAAAGAUGAAAUUAAUAAAUCCCAGGGAGAUUUAGCCGUAGAUGUUUCUGGAGUGUCAUGAGUGUGCGUGUCAGGCCUUGCAACAAAGCCAAUACUGGAGCAUAUGCUAUAGUAAUAUAUAUCUUCUGACUCUCAGCCUAGUAUUCUAACUACUGUGUUCUGAUUAAGAAAAGUUGUUUAAAGUGCUGAAAUUUACUUCAGUGCGAAGACAGAAUGUUGAUGAUAGUCAAAUUACCGGAAGGGAAUCUUUGAAGUGCUGUGAAGAUUGAAAGUGGUUAACACUAUUAAAAAUUUAAGGAUUAAGGUUUAUAGAACUAAAUAAUUAUAGUACAGUAUAAUGAAAGUGAAUACAGUAUUGGAAAGAAUAAUGCAACUGUACACACUAGAUUUUGGCUUAUGUACAUAACUUAGUGUACAUGAUGUUGCUCACUUGUAUGAAGAUUUGUUUAUGGUUGUACAUGAGAAGGCUCAUGUUGUGAAGACUGCUAAUGUGUGUGUGUGUGUGUGUGUGUGUGUGUGUGUGUGUGUGUGUGGAAAGCUACUUGAAAAUCUGUUAACUUUAGUGUAUGGUAAUUAAUUUUCUCCACAGUUGUUCAGCUUUUGUAUUGUACCGAGAGUAAAUUAUUGUUGUUAAACAAGGUAUUGUAUUUCUUGUACUCUGUUAAGAAAUUUAUUAUUUUGCACCUGCAAAUGUAAAUACUGAACCUGUACUAAAAUUUAAAUAAUAAAUGAUUACAUUUAAAUUUAAUUUUGAUGCAAAAUAAUCAGGAAGUACUGUAUUAUAAUUUCAUAAAUAAAAUCUAAUAAUCAUUUUUACUAUGAUGACCAAACCACACAUCAGAAAAUGAAGAACGAACGAUAUUUUGGUCUGUUCUCAACCAUUAUCAUUAUCAAGUCGUGGUAAUGGUCCAGGAUGGACCAAAACGUCGUCGUUUCUUCAUUUGCUGAUGUGUGGUUUGGUCAUCAUAUCUUCAGCCAUGGUAUUAUCUGCAUUAUAUUUACUAGUUUUUAUCAAUUAUAAAUACUGUAUUACCAUAAAUUUUCACAUAAUGAACAAAUAUCUGCCCCUGUAUUUUUCCAGCAGCUUUUGUAAACUUUUCUAUGAAUUGUAUUUCAAAAAUAAAAAAUCUUGUCCAUUUACAGUA